AUGGAGAAAGUGGUCUUUAGACCUGGAGCAGUAAUUGGAAAGAUCUUUGAUGCGUGUAGGCUUCUAGGACUGCAUUCUUGGUAUCUGGUAACUCCUUUGAUGGACAUGGAUCUCAAUUAUGAAGAAGACCAGCCAGGUGUCCUUUGCCAGACUUCGCCAGACAUUCCUUCUUCAGAGUCUCCACAGACUCUGAAUGGGAGACACAGACUUAGCUUCAUUUAUCCCUACACACUCACCUGCAGCCCACACCUCCGAAAGGGCAUCCGCCUGUUCUCGGCCGCCCCAGUCCGGCCUGCGGUGCAGACUCUACCCUGGGCAGUGGGGGAAAAACCCUUCCAGCAGGAGGCAGAGCGGCUCGGGGGCUGCCGCCGGCAGAAGGCACCAAUAACCCCUGCGAGCCUGCAGCAGCUCCGAGCUAUUGGGAGCCGGCCUGGCCGGGCAAGAGCUCGCUGCCCUGGGCUCGCCCGCCGGAGGCAGCGCGGUCGGAGCCACCCUACAGACUGGGGCCGCGCCCCUCCCGGGUGCGAUUGUGACACGGCCGGGGGCGCAGCUCGUGGCCCCGCGGCCCCGGCCCAGCGGCGGGCGGCCAUGGAGCGGCAGGAGCAGUCGGGGCCGGCGGGCGCCGCCGAGCCCGGGGAGAGCCCGGACGCGCAGUUCCAGGCCGUGGUGCAGCGGACGCAGGUGCUGCUGCUGGCCGGCGAGACGUGGGAGGCGGACCGCGCCCGGGCCGCGCUCAGCUCCUUCGCCCACGAGGUGCUGCCCGUGGCCCGCCGCUCCGCCAGCCCCGCGCCGCCCAGCGCGCCGCCGGCCGGGCAGCUCGUCUUCUUCCUGUGCCGCGCCCCGUCGCUGCGGGGCCGGGCCGAGCGGCUGCGGGAGGUGCUGCGGGGCGUGCGGGAGCAGAGCCGCGGCGCGCCCGCCGCCCUGGUCGGGGUGAUCGUGCAGCCCCGGCCGGAGGAGGAGGCGGAGGCGCGGCGCCGCCUGGAGGAGCUGCUCCUCGAGGUCUUCCAGCCGCCGGCGUCGGGGCCGGGCGCCGCGCCGCGGGUCGAGGUGCACACGGCCGUGUUCCGCCCCGGCCGGCCCGAGGGGGCCCUGGAGGUCAAGAAAGCCGCUUGCGAGGCCCUGAGGGAAGAGCCAGAAGACGCUGUUUGGGUUUCACGAGCCACCCUCUUCAAAGCCCUGGGGGCGCUCUGUGUGGCGUGCGCUGCUAUUGUUGGAAGCCAGUACAUGAAUACUCACACCUGAGACUGGGGUCCCAUCAGGCCUGCUCCCUGCCCACAGCCUGGCCCAAGGACUGCAGCGAGAUAACCUGGAACAGGGUCAGUGGCGUCUUCGUCAUCCAGCCCACAGGACUCCAUCAAUUCGAGGUCUAUUGUGACUUGAACAGCACCAGCGAGGGCU